GAAUCUCGCCAGACUAACCACAAACUCAGGAUUACUCAGCACUAAGCAGACGUCAUUCAACCUUCCUCGAGUUAGGUUGUCGCUGCGCCGCUCGUCACGUCCGUCAUCUACCUGUCUGCCACCUGUAUCUUUCCAGCGCUCCAGUGGGAAAGGUGUUUGCAGAAUGGCUCCCCAGAGAGGUGGUCCCAACGCUGCCGCCGUCACCCCCGACCCUGAUCCGCCUACGCCCGUGAAGAGCACCAUCUCCCUCGUUAUCAAUAAUAAGACCUACACAGUGGGUCCCGAGGUGCCUCCAUGGACGCGGCUGGUGGACUUUAUCCGGGAGGUGGUGAAGUCGCCGGGCACCAAGGCGCUGUGUCGCGAGGGCGGCUGCGGCGUGUGCACAGUGGUGGCCACGGCGCCCGACCACGAGAACGAGGGGCGCACCAAGACCUUCAGCGUGCAGGCGUGCCAGGCCUUGGUGUAUGCCUGUGCCGGGUGGAGCAUAGAGACGGUGGAGAGCCUCGGGAACCGCUACAAGGGCUAUCACCAGAUCCAGAAGGCCCUGCACGGGUUCUAUGGGACUCAAUGUGGCUUCUGCUCGCCAGGCAUGAUCAUGACGAUGUAUGGCCAGACUAAGGGCACGGAUUCCCUCACCUCUGCCAAGGUUGAGGCUGCCAUGGACGGGAACAUCUGCCGUUGCACUGGCUACCGGCCCAUCUUGGACGCCUUCAAGUCCCUGACGGUGGAUGCUGACCCCAGCCUGAAGGAGAGACUGGUGGACAUAGAGGAGGCUUACAAUGGUGGGUGCCAGAAGAACGGCACCAAUGGAUGUGGAGGCUGCAAGGGUAAGGAAGGUGGUGGCUGCAGGGAAAGGACCGCACCCUUGCCCGUUCCAGAGCCACUUGAGGUUUCUGUUGGCUCCGUCCGCUGGUUCCGACCAACCACCGUGGAGGGCAUCUACAAUAUACUGAACACUGUUGGUACAGAAGAGAAAUACCGCAUUGUUGUGGGCAACACAGGACAAGGAGUGUUCAAGAACGAUGGUCCAUAUUCUGUCUACAUAUCUACGGAUGGUGUCAAAGAGCUGUAUGCCACCACCCUGGCUGAGCCUCUCAAGCUAGGGGCCAAUGUGAACCUUACGAGGGCCAUGGAGGUGUUCCAGCACAUGGCCAGGGCAGUGCCAGGCUUUGAGUACCUGCAGGUCCUCGCUGACCACUGGCAGGUGGUGGCCAACGUGGCAGUCAGAAAUGUUGGCAGCUGGGCUGGCAAUUUGAUGCUGAAACACGCUCAUCAAGGAUUCCAGUCGGAUAUUUUCCUUACCCUCCUAGCUGGCAAGGCAGAGCUGACCAUUGGCAAUGCAGAGGAUGCCACCAUCACCCACAUGGAUCUGGAGGAGUUCCUCAGGACAGACAUGUUCAGGAAGGUCAUCCUCUCGGUGACCCUUCCACGUGCAUCACCCAACACCAAGUUGCGGACAUUCAAGAUCACACCACGAGCUGUGAAUGCACAUGCCUAUGUCAACGCCUGCUUCAGGAUGGAGGUGGACCCUGCAAAUGGCUUCUUGGUCACUGAAAAGCCCCUCAUCCUCUUGGGAGGUAUCAAUCCAAACUUCAUUCAUGCUGCUCAGACAGAGGACUUCCUGACAAGACGGCGGAUUACUGAUGCACCAACGGUUGUGGCAGCUGCUGAGAAACUUGGCCAAGAGGUGCAGCCUGACAGCUUCCCACAGGACGCCUCCCCUGCAUACCGUCGCAGUCUCUCUCAGGCAUUGCUGUAUAAAACCAUCAUAGGAUUUUUGGGUGACAAGGUAAAGCCUGAGCUGGCCAGCGGUGGGCCAAACAUUGUGCGGCCACUAUCCAGUGGAAAACAGGAGUUUGAUAUGGACCGGGAGGCCUGGCCGGUUGGGGAGCCAGUGCCAAAGCUGGAGUCUGCUACUCAGAUCUCUGGUGAGGCAACAUACCUUGAUGACAUUCCCUACCUGCCCAGUGAGCUCCACGGGGCACUGGUGCAGGCCACACAAGCCAAUGCAAAGAUAUCCCACGUAGACGCCUCGGAAGCCCUCAACCUGAGUGGUGUGGUGACCUUUGUGACGGCUGCUGAUGUCCCUGGAAAAAACAGUUUUGUUGUCUCGGCUGGGGCCCACCCUGACCCUGUAUUUGUGGAGGAGCGAACCAAGUAUGCCGGCCAGCCAGUGGGUCUGGUGGUUGCCAAGGACAGGGACACAGCACUUCGUGCAGCCCGGAUGGUCAUUGUGGGGUACGAUGACAUACGGAAGCCCAUCCUCACUAUCAAGGAAGCGCUGGCUGCGGGGGAUCGGGAUGAAUUGGCCAUAAGCUUUUUGACUGGCAAAGCAGAAGGAUCAGUCCUUGGAGACCCUGAAGGCCAACUUAAGGCAGCACCACACCAGCUGAAGGGGGAGCUGAGCCAAGGCUCGCAGUUCCACCUCAACAUGGAGCCACACGCCGCCAGGGUGGUGCCCACAGAGGAUGGCUAUGAUGUCUACAGCACCACACAGUGGCCCACAGAAACGCAGUCCACUGCUGCCCAAGUGCUUGGGGUCACUGCCAACAGUAUCAAUGUCAGUGUGAGGAGGAUUGGCGGAGGCUAUGGGUCCAAGAUCAGUCGCCAGCACAUUUUGUCAACUGCAGCAGCUGUGGCGGCCAGGAAAGUCCAGCAGCCAGUGAGGGUUGUGGCAGAUCUCAACACAAACAUGAUGUAUGCUGGUUGGCGGGACCCCUACCUUUCCACAUAUGAGGUUGGGUUUGAUGACACUGGCAAGGUGGUGGCUCUCAAAGUUGACAUGUACAGUGAUGCAGGUCAUGUGUCCAAUGAGUCACCGGUGGGCUUUUUGGGAAGUGUCAUCCAGAACUGUUACCAUGUGCCUAACCUGCUCUUCAUGCCCCACAUGGUGAACACAGACACUGCUGCAAACACCUGGUGCAGAACACCUGGUCAUGUCAAUGCUAUUGGCACCAUCGAGAAUAUACUUGACCACAUUGCUUCAUACCUGAAGAAGGACCCGCUGGAGGUGCGAAAAGUAAACCUCAUCGCCCCGGGAGAGCCGCGCCUUCUUGGGGCACCUCAUGAGAACACUCCUCUCAAGGAUCGAAUUCUGCCCCUGCUGUUAGAGAAAGCCAACUAUGCCCAGCGUAAGGCUGAGGUGGACGAGUUCAACAGGACGAACAGGUGGAAGAAGCGUGGUCUGGCGGUACUGCCAGAAUACUAUGGUUUUGAUUACCCUUCAAUGUUCCGCUAUGGCAUGCAAGUCAGUAUCUACGAACAUGACGGAACCGUAGCAAUCUCCCACGGCGGCAUUGAAAUGGGGCAGGGCAUCAACACAAAGGUGGCUCAAGUUGCUGCUUAUACACUGGGUGUCCCUCUGGCCCAGGUGGUGAUCAAGGCCUCGGACACAAUGGUUGGAGCAAACUCUGUUGUCACAGGUGGAUCCUUCGGCACCGACCUUUGUGCACACGGUAUCAGGGUGGCGUGCACAACCCUUAAGCAGCGCCUAGAUGUUGUGAAGGAAAAGAUGAAGAAAGAAUCUGGCAAGGAACCAGAGUGGCUGCAGCUGGUGAAGCACUGCUAUGCCCAAGAUGUGGAUCUGAGCGAGCGCUACUGGACUGCAGGAAAGGAACACCCUCCACGGUACGACAUCUGGGCAGCUUGUUGCCUCGAGGUGGAGGUGGACGUGCUGACAGGCGUGUACUUGAUUCGUCGAGCAGAUGUGAUUGAAGAUGCAGGCCGCAGCAUGAACCCUUAUGUCGACGUUGGCCAAGUGGAAGGAGCCUUCAUCAUGGGGCUCGGCCUCUACACUUCGGAGAUGGUCAAAUUUGACCCCACCACUGGACAAAAACUUUCUAAUGGAACAUGGGAAUACAAGCCACCAACAGCCCUGGACAUUCCUGCAGACCUCCGGGUGACGCUGCUUCCCAACGCCAAGAAUCCGUACGGUGUGCUUGGCUCCAAAGCCACCGGAGAGCCUCCACUCUGCCUGGCGUAUGUGGUGGUGUCUGCCCUGCGUCAAGCCAUCACUGCCUUCAGGGCUCAGAAUGGAGAUGACUCCUGGUUCCAAAUGGAUACUCCACUGAGCGUUGAGGCUGUGAAGAAGCUGUGUGGUGCUGAGCCGCAGAUGUUCAAGCUGGAGUAGUUUUUGAGCAGCAACAAGGAGUCAUUCUGACAGUGAACUGUCAAGUAUCUGCAAAAAAAAAGCUAUCAUUAUUUUAAAAUACAGGGCAUGUUACAUUAUGGUUUUAUUGUUGCUUUGAAUAAGUGGCAGAUGCAGAGUCUAUUUACAAUGUUUCCAUGGCCAAUAAUUAUAAUAGUAGUAUUAGAUCAAAGUUUAUGUAAUAGACUUGCCCAUCCAGUUACUAAUAACUGCACUGUGCAUUUGAUGUAAAGAAAUCACAUUUGCACAAGGUAAUCAAAAACAAAAGUAACCAUAGAUUUUUCCUGUUUUACAAACAUUGUCCUUUGUGGUAAAAACUAGAACUGAAGAGUAAAGAGGGGCUUAGAAUUUGUUAGAAA